CUUUUUUUUCACCUGGAACAUUCUAAUUAAAUUGAAAUGAAAGAUGAAGAAACAGAAGAACAAAAUAAGGAGGGAGAAACCAAAGAUCCCGGUAGUAUUUCUGCUGCUCAUGACAAGAAAGAAGAGGAUCACAGUGAUAAAAAAAUUGUAGAUAGUCCUGCAGAAGAUGAAGAAUCUGCUGCGAAAGGUUCUGAUGGCACUGAUUGUAAUACGAAAAUGGACUUCAGGACGCUCUCUGUUUUUCGUGGUUCUUGCAGUUUGAAGAACGUGACAAUAAUUUCUGACCUAAGAGCAAAUUUGUCAGAAGAGCUGCAUAAAAGAAAGGAAGACGUCUGGAUCGUACAGGAAGAAUCUGGUAUCAUAUAUAAUGAUGAUACUACAUUCGUUGAGUUUUUGAAACAUCAAAAGCAUAUUGAAGUUAUGAUUGGAAAUGACAGACGUUCUGUAUCUGAGGAGUAUGGAAGCACUGACCCUGUACUCGAUGCAAUUACAAACAAGUUUGGACCAUCUCAAAAAUGCAGAAUGUCUUGCAACCAUUUAACAGAGCCGGAGAAUCUUUUAAAUUAUAUGAAAGAGAAUAUCAGGGCAGGAAAUGCAGUUGUAAAAUGUCCAAAAUGUCAAGCUUCUUGGGAAAUGGAAGAGCUCAUUGCAAAAUCUGAUAUGUCAGAGGACGAGCAGAUAUUUUACAAGAAAGCAAUGUCAAUAAUUAAACAAACCGUGAAAAAAUAUAACACUUACAGUUAAUUUAUA